AUGUUCAACAUCGGUGGUCCAUGGAGGUUGGAGCUAUGGUCCACGAUCCUUGCAUUUACGGCGUUCGCUGCAAUCGUUGUCGUGCUAGCAUAUUAUGAUGCCAAACUACAGAUGGCCUGGCCGUACACCAGUCUUACCCUGAAUGGUCUUGUCGCCCUGCUGGCCUCAACUGCAAGGGCGUCGUUGCUUGUCGGUGUAGCCGCGGCCAUCAGCCAGGGCAAAUGGAACUGGUUCGUUGGCAGUGAACAGAAGGGUCAAAGAGUGCUUCGUGAAAGAGAACUGGGUGAUUUCGAGAGAUUUGACGAUGCAUCAAGAGGUGCGUGGGGUGCACUCCAGCUGUUGGUACUCAAGCCUUUGCAUCUGGCUUCACUUGGAGCCGCUACCACUGUCAUGCUGCUGGGUUUCGAUACCUUUUCUCAGCAAAUUAUUGCCAUCCGUUGUCGUGACGAUGUCGCGCCAUAUCAGAGUGGGCUUCCGGUCGUUCCGAGAAGCGAAUACUACGACCCGAGCCAGUUCAUCACGAUGAUCAGCGACCACACGACUGUCGGGGAUCUCAAGGUGAAGUCUGCUGUCUACAACGGCAUCAUGAACCAGAACCAGACGCAACUGCCGUUAACCUGCUCGACCGGCAAUUGUACUUGGCCACUUAUUCCAACCGUGGCAGUGUGUGGCGCCUGCAUUGACCUGACCUCCAAUAUCACCAAACAGUGCAGCAGUGACCAUUGCAAUUAUACCCUGCCAAUUGGCGCGUCGCUCGAUGGUCGAAUGACCGACAUUCCCCUGUCUGAAGGGCCAGCCCGGCGCAACUUCUUCAGCCUAUGGAGCCCCUUUACGCUCCCACCACUGGGCAGGACCUGA